AUGGGUGUCGGACGUCGCAUGCAAAAACAGGGCCCUCCCGAGCCUCUCUCGGAGGAGCACUUCGCCAACCUCAAGCGCAAGAAGGGCCUUCCCUUUGACGACCCUACCGCCGGCGAAGACACCAGAAGAUCCAAGAAGCAAAAAGUUGUCAAGAAGCAGCCCAAGAAAUCCGGUUCCAACACUGUCGCCGUCAAGGGUGCCAAGAAGGAGGAAAAGCCCGUCAAGAAGGCCGCCACCAAGCCCGACCACAGGACCAAGGUGUCCAAGAAGUCCAAGAAGGCUUCGCUUGAUGAUGAUGAGGAAAUGGGCGACGAGUUCGACCUGGAGGACCUCGAUGGCGAUGAUAUGGACGUUCAGAAGCUAGGAGACGACUUCCUCGGCACCGACGACGACUCUGUUUACGAUUCCGACCAGGACCCCGUUGCUAAGAAGGAGGCAUUCGUCUUCUCAGAUGAUGAGGAUGAUGAGGAGGAUAGAGAGGAGAAGCUCACAGCCGCCAACAUCGAGGGUCUCUCGAGGAAACUGGAUCUGCAAAGAGAGAAGGAGGCGGAAGAGAACGAGGCCGAAAUGCGCGACGAAGCUCUCCAGACCAACAUUGAGGGCGGUGAUGACCUCGAGGACGACGACGAUCAACUUAAGCCCAAGACCAAGACUCUGCUGGCGCCCGAUCUCCAGAUGCUGAGGACGAGGAUAACAGACGCCAUCCGUGUCCUGGACGACUUUUCGAGUUUGGCGGAAGAGGGCAAGAGCCGUGCUGAGUACACCAGCCAACUCAUCAAGGACAUCUGCGCCUACUACGGUUACAACGAGUUCCUUGCUGAGAAGCUUUUCAACUUGUUCCCUCCCAGAGAGGCGUUCGCCUUUUUCGAAGCCAACGAGAGCGCUCGCCCCGUCGUUAUCCGCACAAACACCCUCCGAACACAUCGUCGCGAUCUUGCCCAAGCGCUCAUCAACCGUGGUGUCACACUCGAGCCCGUUGGCAAGUGGUCCAAGGUUGGUCUGCAAGUCUUUGACUCGAAUGUUCCCCUCGGUGCCACCCCCGAAUACUUGGCCGGUCACUACAUCCUCCAGGCCGCGUCUUCGUUCCUGCCCGUGAUGGCUCUCUGCCCCCAGGAGGGCGAGCGCGUUCUCGAUAUGGCUUCUGCCCCCGGUGGCAAGACCACCCACAUGGCGGCGUUGAUGAAGAACACGGGUGUUAUCUUCGCCAACGAUCCCAGCAAGCAGCGUGCCAAGGGUUUGAUCGGUAACAUUCACAGACUGGGCGCGAGGAACGUCAUCGUAUGCAACUACGAUGCGCGUGAGUUCCCCAGGGUCAUGGGCGGCUUCGACAGGGUCCUGCUCGAUGCCCCUUGCUCGGGUACUGGUGUCAUCGCCAAGGAUCCCUCCGUCAAGACCAACAGAGACGAGAAGGAUUUCUUGCAGCUCCCCCACCUCCAGAAGCAGCUUCUCCUGGCUGCUAUCGACUCGGUAGACCAUGCCAGCAAGACCGGUGGCUACGUUGUUUACUCGACCUGUUCCGUUGCCGUUGAGGAAAACGAGCAAGUCGUCGCCUAUGCGCUCAGCCGCCGCCCCAACGUCAAGCUCGUUGAGACUGGCUUGGCCUUCGGCAAGGAGGGCUUCACCAGCUUCAUGGGCAAGUCGUUCCACCCCAGCCUCAAGCUGACCCGCAGAUACUACCCCCAUCUUUACAACGUCGACGGUUUCUUCGUCGCCAAAUUCCAGAAACUCGGCCCCACCCCCGCCAACGCCGUCCGCGCCAAUGGCGUCGACAAGUCCAACAAGCCCCUCGAAGGCGAAACCCUCAAGGAAUCGGAGGAGGUCGUCGACAAAACGCCCAUCGGCGCCGAGGGCGAGGCCCAGGACGACUUCGGCUCCGGCUUCGACGACGGCGAGGAUAAGGAGUACAUGGAGCGCGCCAAGCGUAACGCCAUGCGCAGGAGAGGUUUGGAUCCUAGGGCUCUCAAGAAGCCUUCUGCUGCCAAAAAGGCUGAGAAGGCUGCUGAGGGUGAGGUUGAGAAGAAGACCGAGGGUGCGGCUGAGGUGACGGAGAAGAUUGAGAAGCUCGAGGUCGUUGAGGAGAAGAAGGUUGAUGAGUCUGCCAAGACCAAGACCGCCGUCAAGACUACCAAGAAGGUCGUCGAGAAGGUCACCAAGAAGGUUGAGGAGAAGCCCAAGGCCGCCGCCCCCGCGCCGAAGAAGGGUGGCGACAAGAAGAAGAAGGUGGCUAAGAAGUAA